AUGACAAGCAUAUAAAAUUUAGAUAAAUAAAUAGCUUAACUUUAUUAAUGCAAAUACCUUUCAGAAUUAGAAGUCAAAUUAUUGUGUGAAAAAGCGAAAGAAAUUCUUUCAUAAGAAUCAAAUGUUUAACCAGUUCGUUCACCGGUAACAAUAUGCGGAGAUAUUCAUGGUUAAUUAUAUGACCUUUUAGAAUUAUUUAAGAUUGGAGGAAAAUGUCCUGAAACAAAUUAUUUAUUUACAGGAGAUUAUGUUGAUCGAGGUUUUUUUAUUUAUUUUUAGAUAUAGAUAAUAAAUUAUUUAUAUUAAGGAUUUAGCUCUAUUGAAUGUGUGAGUCUUUUAUUUUCAUUAAAAGUUAGAUACCCUGAUAGAAUAUUUUUAACAAGGGGUAACCACGAAAGCCGCACUACAACAUAGGUUUAUGGUUUUUAUGAUGAAUCAGUACGUAAAUAUGGAAAUGCUAAUGUUUGGAAAUAUUUUACUGAAGUUUUUGAUUAUUUACCCCUUACAAGUUUAGUUGAAGGCAAAAUUUUCUGUUUACAUGGAGGUUUGUCACCUUCUUUAGACACUUUAGAUAGUAUUAGAUAAUUAGAUAGAGUUUAAGAAAUUCCAUAAGAAGGUCCUAUGUGUGAUUUAUUAUGGUCAGAUCCAGAUAAUAUAAGCGGUUUUUUUUUUUUCCUUUUUUACUUUUUUUUAUUUUUAUUUUUUAGGAUGGAGAAGAUCGCCUCGAGGUGCAGGAUUUAUUUUCGGAUAAGAAAUAUCUGAAUAAUUUAACCAUAAUAAUAAUUUGAUAAAAAUAGCGAGAGCACAUCAAUUAGCUAUGGAUGUAAUUAAUUUAUUUUCAUGUUUUUUUAUUUUAGUAUAAUUUAUAUUAAAGGGAUACAUUGAAACUCACGAUAAAAAUUUAGUUACUAUUUUUUCAGCUCCUAAUUAUUGCUAUAGAUGUGGUAAUUUAGGAGGUAUAAUGGAAGUUGAUGAAAAUAUGAAAAUUUAAUUGAUAUAAUAUGAUCAUUCUCCUGAAUAAGAAGUCGAUAUAAUAGAAAAGAAAAGAGUUCCAGAUUACUUUUUAUGAAAAAUAUAA